AGAGGGAGGCAGAGACACCUUGAAGGGCUGAGUAUAAGGACAUCUACCGAGUGUCUUUUUAAGUAGACACCAGAGUUGGGGGGGGAGGGGAAAAAGGAACAGGCUUGUAACCAUAACUCAGUUGGACUUGUAUCCAAGCAGUCAGAUGCCAUGGAUUGGCUGCCUCACCGAACGGCUGCUUUUCUUUUCCUUUUGUUGGCACUCUUGGAUUUCAGCACAGGAUUUCAUGUAGAGGUAAAAGAAUGGGCUGGAAAUGGAACAGCAAAAUGGAAAACCUUCAGAAGACAAAAACGUGAAUGGAUCAAAUUUGCUGCAGCUUGUAGAGAGGGUGAAGAUAAUUCUAAGAGGAAUCCAAUUGCCAGAAUCCGAUCAGACUGUGAAGAAAACAAUCCAAUCACAUACAGCAUCUCUGGAGUUGGAAUUGAUCGUGCCCCCUAUGGAAUAUUUGUUGUUAACCCAAGAACAGGAGAAAUUAAUAUAACAUCAAUAGUGGAUAGAGAAGUAACCCCAGUAUUUGUUAUACGUUGCUUUGCUAAACACUCAGUGACUGGUGUAGAUUUGGAACCACCUCUUGAACUUCGAGUCAGAGUUCUGGAUAUAAAUGAUAACCCUCCUGUAUUUGCACAAACUGUAUUUACAGGAUCUAUUGAAGAAAGCAGUAUGGACAAUACACUGGUGAUGAAAAUAAUUGCAACAGAUGCAGAUGAACCUAAUCACUUGAAUUCUAAAAUUGCCUUCAAGAUAGAGAGUCAAGAACCUUCAGGUCCACCCAUGUUCAUUAUGAACAAAUAUACUGGAGAACUCCAUCUUGCAAAUUAUCUUGAUAGAGAGCAACAUAGCAGCUACACUCUUGUUGUGAAAGCUUCCGACCGGGAUGGAGCUGCUGAUGGAAUAUCAUCCCUUUGUAGCUGUAACGUUAAAGUUAUUGAUGUCAAUGACAACUUCCCAACUCUUGCUCAAAGUUCGUUCUCAGCAAGCAUUUCAGAAAACUCACUCAGUUCAGAACUGAUACGAAUACAAGCUCUGGAUGCUGAUGAAGAGUUUACAGACAAUUGGCUAGCAGAGUUUUUCUUUAUAUCCGGUAAUGAAGAUAAUUGGUUUGAAAUUAUUACAGAUCGAGCUACAAAUCAAGGAAUCCUUAGAGUAAUUAAGGAACUGAAUUAUGAACAUCUCCAAACUCACUCACUGGUUAUCGGUGUCAGGAACGUAGCUGCCUUCCACCACUCUGUUGCGCACGACUUCCAAGUGACUGGAACACCCCUUACCAUAGAAGUAGUCAAUGUGAAGGAACCGCCAAGAUUUCAUCCAUCUUCAAUUGUGUUUUCUGUACCAGAAAAUACAAGAGUGAAUUAUGUUGUGGGAACAUACACAGCCAUCGAUGAGGACACUGGAGCUAUUGCAUCUAAUGUUGUAUAUAGUAUAGGACGUGAUCCAGGUGCCUGGUUCAAAAUCAAUCAAAACACUGGUGAAAUCGCACUGAACAGAGUUAUUGACUGGGAGUCAAUCUAUGUAGUCAAUGGGCAGUACAGAGCAGAGGUUCUGGCUAUCACUAGAGGGGUUCCUCAAUAUACUGCUACUGGCACCAUUGUGCUUUCAAUACAAGACUACAAUAAGAAUUGCCCAACUAUUAAUACUGAACUAAGGAAAGUAUGUAUGCAUUCCCCCUCAGUGAUUAUCUCAGCAAAGAAUGCGGAUAGUGGUCUAUAUGGUACUCCUUUUACAUUCAGCAUACAUGGUGAACCUCAAACUACAUGGAUUAUCAGAUCAAUAAAUGCUUCAUCUGCAGAACUAGUGAAUCAGAACAUGGAUUUUUACUAUUAUAGGAUCUAUGUCACCGUAAGAGAUAGCCAAGGCCGACGCUGCCCUAAACCACAUAUAAUUCCUGUGCAAGCUUGUCAGUGUGAUAGUCGUAAUUACUGCACCAAUGGGGCAACAAAAAUAAUUAUCAUUGGUGGCGGUGGCAGUGCCGGUGGCAGUGGCAGUGCUGGUGGCGGUGGUGGUGGCAGCGCCGGUGGUGGUGGCAGCGCCGGUGGUGGUGGCAGCACCGGUGGUGGUGGCAGCGCCGGUGGUGGUGCCGGUGGCGGUGGCAGUGCUGGUGGUGGUGGUGAUAGUGGUGGAGGAUACCAGGGAGGUGGAGAAGGACCAGGACAAGAAGGUGGUGGUACUGGAGGAAAAGACUAUGAUAACUACCCAGAAACGCCGGGUGAUUACACUAAUAUAUACGGUGGAACUGACGAAUAUACUGAAGCCACUGAUACUUAUUAUGGAAGUGGAACUUAUGGCAGAGACUUGGGAUCUUCUACUACACUUAGUGGUUCUGCCAUUGGCCUGAUGUUUCUUGGUGGAUUAAUAUUUGUUUUGAUUCCAAUUUUGAUGUCAAUGAGCGACUGUUGUGGCUGUGGACCUGGUGCUGCAGCUGGAGUUGGAACUGGAUUUGAACCUGUACCUGAAUGCACGGAAGGGGCAAUUCAUCCAUGGGGAAUAGAAGGUGCACAGCCUGAAGACAGGGAUGUCUCACACAUUCUCGCUCCAACAACAGCUGCAGGAGGUGAUUUUUGUGAACCCUCUGACAUAUAUACAAACACAUAUGGAGGAGGAGGAGUAGUAGCUUCUGGCGUUGAAGAAACUACAGGGGUUGGCUAUGGCACUGGUACUGGUUACGGAACAGCUGGAGGAGUUUCUGGAACAGGGGAAGUAAAAGGAUCAGUUGGAGGAACAAUAAAAGAGUACCGAGAAGGAGGGGUGAACAUGGCCUUCCUAGACAACUACUUCUCUGAGAAAGCAUUUGUGUAUGCUGAUGAAGAUGAAGGUCGGCCAGCAAAUGACUGCCUAUUAAUAUACGAUCAUGAAGGAGUCGGUACUCCUGUUGGCUCUGUGGGUUGCUGCAGCUUUAUUGGAGAAGAUAUAGAUGAAACAUAUUUGGAGACAUUAGGACCAAAAUUUAAGACCCUGGCAGAGAUCUGUCUGGGCAAAGAGAUUGAACCAUUCCCUGAUGUCAACCCACCCUGGCCAUCUGUUAACAUCAGCUUUCCCAACCCUGAAAGUGAUCUGAACCUCCCGCCACCUGGAACCACCAUCAUUGUCAACGGAAGUGCACCUAUGCCUCCCCCAGCUGGCACUACAACGGUCAUUACAGAAAACACCUACACAUCUGGGUCAACCAUACAGCCCCCGAGGCCAAUGCCAGAUCCUUUGCUCCACGGCAACAUGACGGUGACUGAGACCUACACCUCCGGCUCCCCUUCUCUUUCUGUCGACCCUCUGCGUGCAUCCAACGUUGUUGUAACAGAAAGGGUUGUUGGUCCUGCAUCUGCCUCUGAUUUGCGUGGCAUGCUAGAUAUCCCCGACCUCACAGAUGGCUCCAACGUUAUCGUCACGGAAAGAGUAAUCGCACCCAACUCCCGGCUCCCUACCUCUCUGAGCAUUCCCGAUUUGGUAGAUGGGUCAAAUGUGGUGGUGACAGAAAGGGUGUUCAGGCCUGCCUCUGGCAUGCCAGGCAGCUUAAUAAAUAUUCCUGCAGAGUUAUCCAAUGCCCACAAUGUGGUGGUCACUGAAAGAGUAGUGUCAGGGUCUGGGGUGAGCAGCCUGGGGGCAACAAGCCUAGGAGGAGCAAACCUGGGGGGCCUGAGCAGCACAGGUCAGAUGCUCAGCGCUGACUGUCACCUUGGCCAGGCAAUGGGCACAGCAUCCCCCGGCACUUCCCGGAGAAGAGUGACAAAGUACAGCACUGUGCAGUACUCCAGCCAGUAAGGCCUCUGUCAGCGCCCCUUCCUGCCAAAAUCGCCAAUUUGCACCAACACUCAUUAGCUGCCACCCACCAAGAAUAUCGUUAUUAAGUGUAACUAGGAAAUAGCGCUAAGGUUUCUGGGAUUCCUACUUGUGUGAGGAUCUCUAAAGGGUGCCCCAUUUCAAGGUCAAAUGCAGGACUUUGUCAGUGAUGGGAAAGUUGAAGUUAGCUAUAAAUUUCUCUCCACCUAGCACUACAAGUGUACAAACACAUGCUAAUGUUUUUGGAGAGAGAUCUGAUUACAAAACAGAGCACUGAGAUGGGAUCCUUGUGUGCAUACCGUAUCAGCAUGAAUUAAUGUAUUAUAAAAAAGUAUUAAAAUACUGAGUGAUCUCCCCCAAUAAGUAGAUUUGGGUUAAUAGCCCCUCACUGAAAAGACAGGAAAAGAAUGUAAUUAAUAAUUAGUCAACUCAAGACUAAAUAAGCACUUUGAAAUGCAUCACUUUACUUUGUGUGUUAGUCAAGGAGCGCUACAAAAUGGCACUUUCAAUAAUUUCUCCCAUCACCAGCAAUAGUUAUAAAUAAUAAUCAUAUAAACACAAUACAUUUUCAUCGCUUUCUGAAGCUCUCAGUAAAAAAAACCACUUUGCCAUGGCCUACCAUGUUGCUACUCUCAUGGCGAGGAGCACGACCAGCAAUGCGCCGCAGCCAGUGCUGCCACUUUGUCACCUGGGAAGAUGUUGGUUUCACCUUUUCUCCAUUACCAUUACAGCUUUACUUAAAUCUAAAAGGACUUCAGUGACAACCAGGAGCUCUUAGUCAGAUUUUUGUGCCAAACUAUGACUACUAUCUAAGUUCAAUGUCAGUUUAUCCUAAGAGGGCUAUGAUAUACCAUACCAGUUCUCUUUUCUAAUACUGACAAGAAAAUAAAGUCUUAGAAGCUUUGUGAUGUGGGGAGGCAAUAGCAAGUAUUGUUUCACUGGCACUGGUAGCUGAAGUUCUUCAUGAAAAGCAAAAAAAUACUUCAAAGCAAUAUAAAUUUGCUAAUAACCAAUAUGGAGAAUUGUUAUUUCAUAUGUCAGUGUAUUUUACAUUGAUAUUUUUAAAGUUUAUUUGAAUGUGUUAAUUGAAAAAGUCUUUAUGAUUCUAUAAUCGUAAUUAAAUCUGGCUUUUAUUUUCCCACAAAAACAGCUCUACUGUACUCUGUUAUUCUAAUAAAACCUUAAGGUGGCUUAGAAUAUGACCUGAAGGAGCAAAAUACUGAGAUAUAAUACUUAUCUCAUUUUAAUUUUGUAUCAUAUGUACAGUAACCAUAGUGUCUGCAACAUCAGUUUAUGUACAACAGUUAUAGAGAGGGACUAGCUUUCUUUGCUAGACCACCAAAUCAGUAGUUUUCCCUCAAAUAUUGCUUCUUCAGCUUUGAUGGAUAGGUUAGUGAAAAGUUUAAGAGUUGUCUGUGAACCACCCACUCUAUGAAAUGGAGAAGAAACUUUCAGUUGUGUAACCAGAUUAACUCAUCUCAGAAGAGCUGGAUGACAAGUUUCUGAGUCUGAUAUCAGGAAAAGGCUUUUUAAAAGAUGCUUUCAGAAAUGCAACUAGAUCUACUGUCAAAGACAACCUGCAGUGGCAUAUGCGUCAAUGCAACAUUUAUGAACACUGGUAAUCCCCAUGAAUCAUGACCAAAACCAAGGCUACCUCAAGAAAGGGUCCCUUCCAAGGCUUCAAGUUUUAUUAUGAAGCAACUGAGCAUGCUAGAUGCUCUCCCCAUAAUAUCUGAAGUAUUGCAAUUUUUACUUCAUCCUGUAGCCUUGAUUAUCUUAAGUAUCACUAAAACUGCAUUGACUUCACUGGGAUUAGUCUCUCCUAUAAAUUAUGUACCAACUGUAAAUUUAUGGAUUAUGGAUCAGUUUUUUAAAGAAGGAAAAUAGGUACUAAUAUAUAAAGCUGUAUCCUUUAAUAUCUGGAGAAUGUGUGCUGAAAUUCACUAAAAUCCUGACAAGCUCCCUUUCAUUUUGCUAACCUGUUUACAUAAAAAGGAAAUAUUUGAACUAUGUAUGACUCUCUGGAUAUUUAGAAAGCCUAUAGCCAAAGCCCAUUAGAUGUAUUUUUCAAUGUAAAAAAAUAAAGUCUUGUGUAAAUAAUUCCAUAAUCAUCUUAUGCUCAUCAGAAAUAUUUUUCCUAAUUGUGCUUCAAAGCAAUAUCUAGUCUUCAGAAGCACAUGCUGAAUUCCUGAACAGGAAUGCUGUGUGAAGUAUGAGUGUCUGAACUAUGGUCUCUUGCAUGUCUAGAAAUAGAAAGGGGAAGAAUUAAUAGAGAAAAACUGUAUUUUGGUUAUGCAGUGGUUGCCUACUUCUAGUACUAUCUUUUACCAGCUUUUUAAAGAUAAAUAGCUUAUUAUUUAAUACAAUUUAUUGAAAGAUAUCUUUAAUAUAUGUCUCACAUCAAACAGUCCCUCAGCACAUUUCCAGUGUUUUUCUGAAUAUUAAUUUCUAUUGCUGUGUAAUUUGUACAAACUUUCUUAAAAUUGUUUUCUUAUUGAGAUGUGGACAAUUUUAGGUUACUACAAAUCGUGGAAGAAAAAUGUAUCUGAAGAUGCAAACAAAUACCCGGUUCAUUAAAAAUUCUGUGCAAAUUCUUUUUCUAGCUUUGUUCUUAAAAAAAAAAAUAGCAUAUAGUUUAAUGCUGGUUAACAGACAUUAGUUUGGUGGGUUUUUUCCUUCAGUUGUAAUUUAGAAGCCCACUUACUGUCUACCUUUAAUCCUGUUGUUUAAUAAUGAAGAAUUAAUAGUUUUCAGGAAAGAAUGACAACUUUAAGUAGUGAUAUUAAUCCUGCUCUAAAUUAUUCAAGCAAAAAACUCUUCUUAAAGUGUCAGCAGUGUGUAACACUGAGACUAGGGCUUUGUUUUUUAUGUGGGUUUUGUAGAGCAGGAUCCUAUAAUUUUACAUAGGUCCACUCAGAUCUUGGCAGAAUGAAAAGUAGACUGCCAUGGAAGAAAAUAGAGCCACAAGUUGAGGUUCUUAUUAGAUUUCUAUCUUGGAAACACUGUCUGAAUUGGAGCUUCAGGUUUCUAUUAUUUUUACUCAGUCCUAAUUUUGUGGUAAUAAAUAAGACAUUUAAACUAUUGUAAGCAGCAUCUAGUACUUGUAAUAUGAAAAGAUCACACAAUUUGAGAAAAAAAAGUCUACUGUUUUGCUGCAUAAUUGAUAUGCUCCUCGCAACUGAGCAAACAAAUGCAUUAUUUUCAUUUUAUUUAAAAUAUAAUUAAUAGUACAGUGUUACUGUGUUUUCAUAAAUAAAAAUACUAGAAAUUUGUUUGUAAUAAUUUCUGAAUGGCACUGAAAAAUACAAUAAAUGAUCAUUUGGGACAUCAUGUUUUAAA